CAGGGGGGAGCUGGGUGCAGGCCAGCCGUCACCCUCUGCUUCCCUGCAUGGGUCCCGUUGCCAGGGAGAAAGAAUCCCGAGGCGCGCGCCCGGGGAAGAUAACCAAGGACUCUUUUCUGCUCUUCUCACACCUUUGAAGUGGGGGCCUCUUGAGGCAAAUCAGCAAGAAUGUGACUCUUGCAGCGGAGGGUCUCGGGGAGGGGGGUUACUGGAGCUGCUCAAGGCGCAGGGGCUGUGACAAGCUCUGCUGGGCUGAUAACUUUAAAAGGACAUCUUCUGCUGGCUCCUCACUCCAUCGCUUUAUCUCUGCAAGUGACAGAAUGGGGAGGGUUCCAGCCCUCCUGCGUUCUCAGAGAGCUGGGGGGCUAUAAAAACGGGAGGCACUGGGCAGCCGGGAGACAGUGACGGGCAAAGGCUGAGAGAGAGAGAGAGAGAGAGAGAGAGAGAGAGAGAGAGAGAGAGAGAGAGAGAGAGAGAGAAACCGGAGAGGAGUGAGCAGAGACAGCGAGCAUCAGAUCGUGCCCCGACCCACACCGGCAUGGGCUCCUUCUCCAUCACCGUGGGCUUCUUCCUCCUCCUGGCCUUUUGGCUUCCGGGCCAUAUUGGAGCGAACCCUGUGUACAGUGCAGUGUCCAACACAGAUCUGAUGGAUUUCAAGAACCUGCUGGACCAUCUGGAGGAGAAGAUGCCGUUAGAAGAUGAGGUCGUGCCCCCACAGGCCCUGAGUGAGCAGAAUGAUGAAGCGCCAGGGGCAGCGCUCAGCUCUCUCCCUGAGGUGGCUCCCUGGACUGGAGAGGUCAACCCACCUCAGAGAGAUGGCGGUACCCUGGGGCGCAGCCCCUGGGACCCCUCCGAUAGAUCUGCUCUCUUGAAAAGCAAACUGAGGGCUCUGCUAGCUGCCCCUCGGAGCCUACGGAGGUCCAGCUGCUUCGGGGGUAGGAUCGACAGGAUUGGAGCCCAGAGCGGACUAGGAUGUAAUAGCUUCCGGUACCGAAGAUAACAGCCAGGGAGGAAAGGCAGCCAGAUUCGCUGGGGGCAGAUUGCAGAAGACCCCAAGCCCCGUGGUGUGUCACGCAGCUUGGUCUCAUUGUCACUGAGGUGUGGCGAACACCCUGCUGGAGCUGCUGCUUCCUGUCUUCAUCUAUCACGACCCAUGCUACAUGUAGAUGAGUGGUUUUGGGGGGCUCUCCCUCUCCAGCCCUGCAUAUUAAAGUAGAUCCUCACCCCUUUCAGAAAGCAGUUGGAAAAAUUUUUUUGAAUAAACUUCAGCACCAAGGACA